AUGUCUAUUCAACAACUAGAAACAGCAUCUGAAACAAUGACCAACAUAUAUGAUCUCGCUAUUACGGCUUAUGCUUUAUAUGUAGCUGGAAGUACGAAGUCAUCAAAUAUCUUACAGAAGCUGGAAUCUUUACAAACCACUGAAGAUGGUAUGGUAUAUUGGGAAGUUGUUAUUGAGGCUGACAGAGUUAGGUAUUACUGGAAUCCACCACACAAACAGAGUAGUCCGGUUAAUAUUGAGACUGCUGCUUAUGUUUUACUUACUUACUCUAAAAUGGGAGAAAUAGCAAAAGGUAUACCUAUAAUGAAGUGGUUACUUUCACAACAAAACAGCAAUGGUGGUUACUCCUCUACGCAGGAUACAGUGGUUGCACUUCAAGCUUUGUCACAAUUUGCUUGUCUAUUACAUGGUGGAAGUUACGAUAUAACUCUAAAUGUAUUUGCAUGCAGACAAAGUAGAACAUGGACUAUAUCCCAGACUUCCAGUGUAUUUAAAUGGGAGACUCGUGAAACCACUGAUAGUAUUGAUAUCGAGGCUUCAGGUACCGGUAGUGGAAUCGUCAUGAUAACUGUCAAAUAUAACAUUGAAGAACUGGUAGUCCAAUCGACUUGGGGACUCAGUGUCGUAACAGAAUCUGAAAGUUUGGAAGUUCUCGUGAUCAAAGUUUGUUUUGACUGGAAGGUUCUCAACCAGUCAAGUGGGAUGGCAAUAUUAGAAACCGUUUUAAUCAGUGGUUUCCGAGUAGACGAUUCUCAGCUUCAAAAUGAUAAACUAAUAAAGAGGAUGGAAUCGGACCAAAGGAAAUUCACUCUCUAUUUCGAUGAGGUUGGGAAUACACCAGUGUGUCUAAAACUAAGACUAGUAAAAGGUGAAGUUGUUGGAAAAGUGAAACCAGGUUUCGUUACUAUAACAGAUUAUUAUAAUCCGGAGAAUAGUGUUACAGUCUCCUACAAGUCAUCUAUAGGCGAAAAUGCUCCGGUUUGUGCUCUGUGUCCACAAGGAGUCUGUGGUGAAUGUAAGUCAUACGAUCAUUUUCUCCCUACACCAUCUAUGUCUCCGGUUCCAUCAGAGUAUUUUUUAACAAAACUGAUCUCAGAUCGACCUGUUAAAACUGCGUGCGCAGCCAAAAGACCACCCGUUUAUCGAUUAGAUUUAUUUCUCCCAAUGUUAGAAAGAUUAUUAGUUGAAUUACGAGAAUCUGGUUCAGACUAUGUUAUUAUGGGGGAUUUCAACCAAAAUAUCUUGGAGGGUCAUUUGUCUAUACUAAAUUGUUUUCAAAAAUUUGGUUUUCAACAACUUGUUCAGCAUUACACUACUGAAGGUUGCUUCAUGGUAGCUAUAAUAUACAGGUUGGACCUCCAGAAGAAUGAUCCACCAACAGAAAAGGUUUCAAUAACCAUGUUACUAAGAUAA